AUGAACUUUAUUAAAACCUUUUCAUCUAUCACAAAAGCCACCUCAUUGGAAGGUUUUACCCAAUCAGUUUUUAAAAGAGGAUUUUUCAUUCGUGGUAAAAAUACAUCAGAAAUUAUCGAUCCAAAUGCACCAACAACUUAUCCAAUUAAACAGAUUUUUUGUUUUGAUCGUGUAGUUAAAGGUAAAGCUGGUGCUAAAAGAGUUAGACAUGCAGAAUUUAUUCCAGCAACUAUUACAGGUGGUGGUUUACCAUUAAAAAAUAUUCAAAUCGAAUGGGGUAGAAUUAAAGGUUUACUUACAACCGGCAAGUUAUAUAAAAAUAGAAAAUUCCUUUUAAAUCUUGAUGAUAAAGAACAACUUAUUGGAAAAUUAGCAGUUGCUCAAUUCCACCCACUUUCAGAACAGGUUUUAUUUUUAAAGUUUUCAAGAUCAACUGAAGAUCCAAAAACCUUUACUUCAGAAUUAUUACCACAUUUACAAUAUAAACAAAGACAAGAAAACGAAAUCCAAAAUAAAAGAGAUGAGGCUCUUCGUUAUAAAAAACUUCAAUCAAUCGAUCUUUCAUUUAAACCAGCAGUUAGAAAAUCAGAAUUAAACAAUUAA